AUGAAAAUAGAGGUUGUUGAUGUGAGUUUGGUGAGCACUUGGGCUUGGGAUAUUCCAAGAGAGAGGAAUGUGAAAGAUUCGAAGAUGAGGUCGAAUUCGAUGGCACAAAACGAUGAGGAAUGUGAAGAUGUGGAUAUUGAUAAUAUUGAUAAUACAGACACGGAUACGGAUGAGGAGGAUGAUGUGUGUGGGAUCUGUCGAAACCGGUACGAUGGGACGUGUCCGUCGUGCGAGUACCCUGGGAACGGGUGUCCGAUAGUGUUAGGGUUGUGUAAUCACAAUUUCCAUGUGCAUUGCAUCAAGCAGUGGUUGAGCACGGAGACAUCGAAGGGGUUGUGUCCGUUGUGUCGACAGGGGUUUCAGUUGCGGCCGCAAGUGACGAUCAACAAGCCUCACUACGAGGAUUUCCGGCAGUUGUUGAUGAGUGCGAGGCAGCACAACAUCCCGAUGGGUGGGCCGGACGUGGACCAAGAGAUGAUGGACGAGGGGUUCAUACGGUGA